AUGUCGGGCUUGCUGACGACGGACGGAGUGCGGCAGCUCUAUCAAGACACGGCGGCGGACGCUGCGAUCCGAUUGCAAGUAUUGGGAGUCUACCGCUACUUAGCGGACCCUGCACUGAAGAAGCGACUUGGACAGCACUUCGCGGACGCGCGUGAUGUGUUUGACGUGCUGCUGAGCGAUGGACGCCACAAAAUCAAGGCAGUGCUAGCCACAAAGUGCCACAAACUCGUGUGGACGAGGGAGGUGACGGCCCGUAGUCUAAUUCGAGUGACUAAAUUCAAGGUUUUCAUGGAGGAUAAAGAGUACAAGCAUCGGGUGGUGCUGCUUCAGGACGUGGUCGUCACAUCACUAAGCGACGAUGGGAUUUUGCCGGAUAAAGUGGUGGCUCGACGCUACGGAUCCCGCCAAGCUGAUGACCAGCUUAAGUUUAUAUCAACUACCCACCCACGAGAAGUGGAUCUGCUCCCCUUGGUUGGAGAGCGGCUGUACUAUUUGCCAAUGCGAUCAGAUCAUUAUACAUUGGACUGGGCCUGCAGCUUCACAGGAGGACAACCUGACGAGGACUCGCCGCUGGAUGAGCUGGAAAGCAACUGGCCGAAUCGCUACGGAAUGCCCACGGCGGGUAAUGAACCUGCGACUAGCUCGGUGGCAUGGAAUAUCGUUCCGGACUACUGUUCGGACCUGUUUACGCCCGAGUGCAAGAAGCUCCACACGAUCCUGGAGGCCCUCGACAAGAUAAAGAUGAACAAUCGACAGGGAAUCAUCAGUAAUUUGAACCCGCCUAUGCUGGGAGCCAUCCGUGUCAAGUCGAAGGUGCUCAACUUGGGGGACCCGAAUAUAUCGAAUCCGUUCCCGUUUGCAUUCAACGCGGUUGUUGUGGACGCUACCGGUGUCUUCGAAGUGAUGUUCUUCGGCGCCAUGUGCGCCAAGUACUAUCUGUCCCUGCAUGAAGGGGACCUCCUUUCUUUUCGAGGUUAUUCAUCCGUCAAUCCACGAGAACUUCAGUGGAUGGCAACAACGAGUCCCUUGGUAUCCUAUCCAAACGACUCGUCUGGAAUCGUGUACCAUGUUCCAAAGAAGUACUGGAAGUUCCUCGAACUGGCGAAGAUUGCCCCACGUCUCCUUGCUGAUGCUUCGCUGUCCUCGCAACAACCAGGUUCAUGGCAUCUUCAUCAGCUAUGUCUGUCGUGGCUGGAGUGCAACUUUGUGACGACGCUGAAUACCCAGUACUGGGGUAAGAACGCAGGCGACCUCGAUGCCAUGUACUUUGACUUCGUCGGGGUAUUAUCAAAUGUCGGGAGGAUCUGCCGAAAGCGGAAACUGGACGAAGGUUCAUCGGAAGUGACCGAGUACCGGUGGAUCAAGAUGAUCGACAGCAGCUCGUCUCACGAGCUGGUCAUCAAGUUAGCUGAAUACUCGCAGCCAGCAGUGUUUCGGUCCCUCGAGGCUGGCAACACACUAAUGAUCACCAAGCUCCAGUGGGUCAUACUGCCGGAUAAGCGGAUCCAGUACGCAAAAACAAGCACAUUCUCGGUUCUACGGAUGAACGAAGCGGUGAUCCCGUUUCAUUCUCUUGAAGAGUGCAGUCUGAACGUCUACUUCGCAAACAACGUCAACAAGAACGCAGUCCUCGCCUCGCGCAAAGCUCUCGGGGAGAGCAAGUUGAGUGCGCAUAUUGAGAAGAAAUACCGGCCUCGGAAUCGGCUACCAACGAGUACUGAAGAGUUCAAGGAAGCGUUCAACUUGGACGUGUGUUCAUUCAGCGAUCUGUCGAUGCUGUUGCAGCGGAUGGAGGCGUUCGAACACCGCCACGUUGGCUUCAUCGGUCACGUACGUGCUGUAAGCAAUGGGGACGAUCCAGCACAAGACGGACCUUCAGUUCUGCUACAGCUCAACGAAACCACGCACACUGACCAGCUUCUGACCGUGGCUGUGAGCAUCAAUGCACUGUACCAGAGACCAGCCGUCAAAGGAAGCGUCAAGUCAGUGACCCCACCCAAAGCACUCCCAUUGAUCCGUCUCCUGCCGACUGCAGUUGUCGACGAGAUGUACACGAAAUCCUUUAAUGAUGGACCAGCGCGCUCUACACGAAGCAAAAUGCCAACACUGUCACUGGAGUUCGUCGAAGAAUACUUGGUCAGUUCGGAACGCGGUUUCUUCUUCUCGCUUCAACUCUACCGCGAUGGAAUCGGCCACGUUACAUGGGAAGUCGACGCCAUCCUUGCACUACCGUAG